GGCAUACGAGAAAGCCAGUGGGGAGGCGCUCGAGCUUCAGAUCAACGUCCUGUGGAACACGAAGGAGCCCAAAAAGGCGCUCAACCCCACUGAGAAGGUGAGCAUGCACUUCACCGACGGAGAGACCUUCGGGGUGUAUGGUGAAAUUCUGCCAGCCCAGGCACCCAGGCAAGACAAAGCCGAAGAGGAGAAGAUCCCGGUCACGAUCCUCACAGGCUUCCUUGGUGCUGGCAAGACCACGCUUUUGAAUUACAUCCUCCAGGAGCAGACCGACAAGAAAAUCGCCAUCAUCGAGAACGAGUUUGGUGAGGUGCCAAUCGACGAUGCCUUGCUCAAGCAAGAGAAGCUCGCAUUGGCCGAGAAGAUUGUCGUCAUGGACAAUGGCUGCAUGUGCUGCACCAUUCGGGGCGACCUUCUUGGCGGGUUGCAAGAAAUCAUCGACGCCAUCAAGAACGGUUCAGGAAUUGACCAGAUCAUGAUCGAGACUACGGGCAUGGCCGACCCUGUUCCCAUUGUUCGAACCUUCAUGUCCAGCCCGCAAGUCACGGCAGAUCUGCGAUUGGAUGCUGUGGUCACGGUGGCGGACUCCAAGAACCUGCCGGGCCGUUUGGAUGACACAGUCGAAGAGGGAAAGGUGAAUGAAGCCUUCCAGCAGGUCGCCUUUGCAGACAAGAUCAUCCUCAACAAGCUCGACUUGGUAACACCAGAGCAAGCCAUCGCUGUCAAGGAUAGGAUCAGACACAUCAACAAGUAUGCCAAGAUCCUGCCGGCGGUGAAAGGAAAGGUCAAGGUUGCCGAGCUGUGCAACAUUCGUGCGCACGACAUCUGCAACUUCGUCAAUGAGGACAUUGAGAAGGACGCCGAGGUGCCGGCGGAGCUCGGGCACGGUGGACACGGUGGCCACGAGGGCCACGGUGGCCAUGGCGGCCAUGGCGGCCACGGCGAUGGCCAUGACCCCAACUGCACGGAGGAGCAUGGGCACGGGGGCCACGGGGCCCAUGGCGGAGAAGCUCAUGGCGGCGGAUACGGACACGGAGAAGCCCACGGCGGAGGGCAUGCGGCCGGCCACGGCCACGGUCCCAGCAGACACGACGGGCGUGUCAACUCUUUCUCUGUAGUGCGGGAGGGCGAGAUCAUCCCCCGACGCCUCAGUGCCUGGAUGCAGUCAUUAGGGCAGCUUGGUCCUGAGCGCGGCACAAUUUUUCGCAUUAAGGCCAUCUUGGCCGUCAAGGGCCAUCCGUACAAGCACGUUUUUCAUGCGGUCAUGGAUGUCAGCGACGAAGACGAUGCCGACGCGUGGAAGGAGGGUGAGACGAAGGUUUCUAAGAUCGUGUUCAUCGGCAAGUCCUUGGACCAGAAGUUCCUUCGGGAAGGUUUUGAGGCGAUUUUCGAGUGAGAGGAGCGGACUUCAUUCAGGCGCUGGAGUUGACUGGUAUCCUGUUCUGAGUGCACACAUGCAGGAAGUCCAUGUGGACAGAGCUGCAAGAGACUGGUGCGCCAAGCUGACGCUGUCAGCGCAACGAGGGUGUGAGUUUCUUGUGGCAACGCGCGGGCAUGGGCUGCUUUCCAAAGCAACCAAGAAGGCCUUGUGCGUGCCAAAUAGCAAUUGGUUAUGAAACCAUAACCAAUUUUUGGAUGACCGUUUGACGUUAAGGGAUGGACAGAUCCACAAGUCAAUA